AUGACAUGUCGAAUGAAACAACCGAUAAUUGUUCUGCUAAUUUUUGUUUCUGGGAAGUUUGUUCUUACAGGAACUAAGGUUAGAGAUGAAAGCUUAAAAAGCUUGCGUGGUGUUGUGUCUCUCAUUAUAAUUUAUAAACACAGAUCGGAAAACCCUCAUCUCAUAAAGUCAACUGCCACAAGAGACGAUCAAGAAAACCAUUUAUAUCAGCUUCUUCUUCGAAUUAAACCCCACAAAUCAACUCCGGCGAUGGUUGGUGCACCCAUUUCUUCCUCCUCCUCCUCUUCCACCGCCGCCGCCAUGGACUCAUCUAGAUACGCUCCACCUGCACAGGCGUAUGCAACACCUGGCGCCGCCCUUUCCACUGUCCAAUCCUCCCAUUACUCCGCCAUGCCACAGCCAACAGCCACCCCUUACAACCCCAUGCCAGCUUCCCCUUACGGCGGCAUGCAACAACAAGCAGCCGCCCCUUACCCGGCUGUUCCGCCACCAGGUCCGGCAACCCACUACCCUAGUGCACCUCCGGCGAACUACACAAACGCACCAUCUGUCUAUCCUACGGCGCCUCCUGGUAUGUCUGGAUCUUCCUCUUUCCCAUCUUACCCUCCGAAUUCGAAUCCUAUGGCAUCACUUUUACCAUCUUACCCUCCAAAUUCUGCUUACCCUCCUACCGGAUCAAACAAUUUUCCCGGAACAUACCCUCCGACUUCCGGUAACUCAACUUAUCCUCCUAAUUCAUCCCCUUUUCCAAAUUACCAAAAUGCCACCGCCACAUAUCCACCACAGACAACAUACCCACCACCAUCAACCGCCACGUAUCCACCACAGACAUCUGCAUAUCCACCACCACAAGCCGCCGCGUAUCCACCACAGACGACAUAUCCAGCACCACAAGGCUACCCUCAACAGUCGGCACCACCAGCAAAUUCAGGUGUCUGGCCACCACCUCCUUCCAUCGGAGUGUAUCCACCACCACCACAGUACUAA